AUGAAAGAAUUAAAUAGUUGAUGAUUAUUAUUGUUACUACUCCCGAGUAAAAGUUGGGUCAAUAAUGUUUGCGUCUGGGCCAUGUAUGGUGUGAAGUAUGUGCGGAGAAAGUGCUGUGGGGCUGAGGAGUUGAUAUGCUACUGUAGCCACACUUUCUCCAUAAACUUUUCUCAGUACCAUACCACCAACAGUUAUGCCGUUCAGCAGCUCUCUCCAGCACCGGUGUAGUUGCUUCUUUGGUUUUGUAGGCCAGGAACGGUCUGCCAAGACUCAGUUGGAUUUGACAAGCCAAGAGAAACCAACAGUUCAAAGCGACCAAACUUGCUUUCUCUCCUCUUUGUGGUCAAACUAGCAUUUCCUGCUCGUCACAACAAGAAACACUGAAUUUCCAUUGUACCUUAUGAACAAAUUCCACAUUUCCUACAAAGUGAAAGUUGCUUCCAAUUUUAUAAAUUUACAAAUUCUCAGUAACGGAUUGGCAUGAAAUUAAACUGAAAAGUUAUGCGUAAAUUAGUGUGAUUUCAUCCAAAUUGGAUACUCAAGUAUAAAGCUGGCAAUACCUCAGAUAUACGGGAGAAAGUUGCUUGUCCUUGGUGUGAACUAAAGGGUGUAUAUUUUGUGGAGGAAAUCAGUGAUUAAAAUUUGAGACUUACAAAAUUUACAGAAACUCAGGGAAAACUGUCUGGAAGGGAAGAAAUCUAAUGACACCCAAUGACGUUCGUGAACUAAUUGAUUAUCGUGCCCAAAGAGCAAAAGAAAAAAAUGCGGAUUUUUUAGAACAUGGCAGCAGUCGCAGUUUAUCGUUCCGAGUCAACCAGUCCUGCUCCAAAAAUAAUGUCGUCAGCGGUAGCGGCAGGAACACGUCAUUCCAAUAAAAUGACCACUACUCCCAAGACAGCAAACUCUCCUGGGCUUUCCAAUGGCAAUAAUGACCCUGCAGGUCCGAUUCCCAGCCCUGUACGGAGCAACAAUUUUGACGGAAUCACAGCUCUAAUGGUAGCAUGUCAACAAGGCCAUCCUGACGAUGUACAAAAAAUUAUUAAGAAAAAGGCAUCUGCGGUAAAAGAACGAACCCGAAGUGGAAAAGUGGCUCUACAUUUUUGUGCAGAGUCUGGAAACCUUUCUUGCCUGGACCAAAUUCUUGCUGCUGACCCUACCCUGAAGAACGCUCAGGACGAAGAAGGUUACACUCCUCUUCACUUGGCAGUAAUUAAUGGGAACAAGGACGUUGUCCGGAAACUGAUUACUUUUGGGGCGGACCUUAAUUGCUUGGACUAUGAGAACCACUCCCUUGUUCAUUGGGCCACAGUUUGUGGGGAGGUGGACAUUUUGGACUUGCUGUUAUCUAGCGGAGCACCAGCCUCGACGCCGGACAUUCAUCUGGCCCACCCCAUCCACUACUCGGCUCAAAUGUGCGGCAGUGUGAAUGGGGUGGGCUCCGUAUCGCGUGCUGCUAGAGUUCAAAGCACUAUUUACGGCGUGAGUCCGAAGAAGGGGCUGCAAAUUCUAAAGAGACUGAUUCAACACGGAUGUCCCAUCGACGUUCGCGACCAGGACGGGCGUCAACCUCUCCUUUGGGCCGCCAGUGCAGGAAGUGGAGACGCAAUAUUACUGCUGGUGAAUGCUGGAGGAAAAGUGGAUGCUGAAGACAAGGACGGUUUAACAACCAUACACUGCGCAGCCAGCCGCGGUCAUACCGACUGCUUGGAAACCCUCAUUGGGCUUUGUGGCGCAGAAGUUGAUGUGAUCGACAACAAUGGAUGCACGGCCUUGUUUUAUUCCGUCACGCUGGGCCACGCUGACUGCACGGAGCUGUUGCUGAACUAUGGGGCAGAGCCAAACCGACAGGACAGGAAAGGUAGGACGCCUGGUCACUGUGGGGCGGCCAAGGGGCAGCUGGAAACACUCAAACUACUCACAAAACAUGGUGCUAAUCUGUGGCUACGAAACGUUCGUGGCGAUCUUCCACUUCAUGAGGCUGUGCUUUCUCGUAGGAAAGAUUUGGUGAUGUGGCUCCUCAGUCUGCGCAAUGAAUCCGUCAAUACUCCAAAUAACGAUGGCAAAUGUCCAAUUCACUUGGCUGCCAUUUCCAAUAAUGUGGAAAUGGUCAAGAUACUAAUCGAUCAUCGUGCCGAUGUCAACCUCCUCAUGCGAAGCGGAAAAGGGACAGCAAUGACGCCGCUGGAUGCCGCACUAGUCAAAGGCAACAGUGCUGUCGCCAAGUUCCUUCAACUGCACGGAGGGCUUCCAUCCAACUCUCUGAACAACGCUGCAUUGCAUAGAAGACUAAACAGAUCCAUCGAAGGCCAAAUAAGUCCUGCAAGCAGUCACCUCGGGUCCCAUCACCAUCCUUCACCAGACGACCAUCACCAACGAACAUUCGUUUCCCCUGAUGUUUUCGACCACUCCAUCUCCGCCACCCCAUUUCCUCGUAGUAACGAGUUCUCCAAAGCUGGCAGUCACCGGCCACCUUUCGCCACGUCGACGCCAAUCAUGGACGAUGGGGUGCAAACAGACGAAAAGUAUCUUCGGGACAUUGAAGUCCAAGUUUCUGACUCGUUUGAAGAAAAGGGUGGAAAAAGUGGUGAAAGUUCUACCGGACACAGAAUAUCUGAACGGAGAAGGCACAGAAAGUCUAGAUCACAGGUACAUCAUGACCGCCCAAAUUCGGGGUCUACAAGCAAUGCCAGCAGUCCUGACCGAUCGAGCAAUCAACUAACCUCCAGGACGAGUAGGAAAUCAUCUAGAAAGUCGUUGAAGGGAAGUGGAUCGAAAUCAGACUCGCGUUCUCGCACUUCUAAUGGCAAGGCUGCUAAGGAUAAUGAGGAAACAAUUAGAAACCAGGAACAGCAGAGUAGUGAAGGAGAAAAAGUUACUCAACAAAGUCCAACCCCUCAAAGAGAACCUCCUCCAAUGACACCGCAAGAAAGCAGUGACACCCCUUUAGAUCAUGACAAUACAUUGAUGAGCGAAAAAUUUUCAGAAUUGGAUAAUGGUGGGGUGCAUAGCUCGGAGACUGACGCCAGAGAAGAAGAACUGGACCAGCCGAAUAAUGCUGAGGUUGAGGCUGUAGAAUUCACAGCAAAGACAUCAGAUCUUGACACGGAAAAUCAGAGUCGGGAAGAUGUUGAGAGAAAAUCUAAAUCUCCAGAAAGAGUUGACGUCAGUCGUUCUUCUAGAUCAAAAUCAAAAUCUAGAGAGAAAUCAGGGUCACCACCCCAAAAACCUCUUCGCAAUCGGAGUGCGUCAGCAAAGUCUGCACACGAGGGACAGCCCACCUCGAACCAGAGCUUAGACAACAAGGACAGGUCACGCAGUGCAUCUGCAAACUCUGACGCUUCCUCCUCACGACGGCGACAGGCCUCUGCGGUGACUAACGAAGUAGAAGCAGCAGUUCCUCUAGAAAAAUCAAGUGCAGUUUCUUGGAAUGAUAAAGAGCAAGGAAAGAGAGCUCAUCUCCGAAAUAGAUCAAAGUCUGCCACGGAUCGGGAAAGAAGAUCGAGAUCAAAAUCAAAGGGGAAAGACGGGAAAGUUAGAGAUCGGUCCAAAUCAGCGCUUGAAAGGGGAGAAAAGUCAAACUCCAAAAGUGGUGCUGCCAAAGUCGCCAAGCCAAAAGUUUCUAUAAAAAAAGACGAAACCAUUGAACGAAAGGCGUCACCUCAAACGAAACAUGAGAAAAUACCUCCCCAACCCAAUGUUGACGUUAAGGAAGCAGAAGAGUCCAAUAGUAAAUCUGAAGCGACGAUUUCCAACACCCAACCUGAGACGGAGGAAAAUCCCAUUUAUGACGAAAUCGAAGCAGGCAAACGCAUAAACUUACAAGAAGCUGCUCGUCGUCGUAGCGAGUCACUAGCCAGCGAUCCUUCUAGAUCCAGAUCUGUCUCCAUCCCCCGCCACACCUGCGAGCCCAACAUUAAGGGAAUAGUUCAUGGCUCCUCCAAAUACAACCGGGUCACUAAAAUUCGGCGGAAUGGAAAAGUCACCACAACCUCUGAGGAGCGAGAGAUUCAACUUCAGGAGGCAUUACUUGCCUCUUCCAACAAGCUCAGACCAAAUAAGAAAAAAGCCCCCUCGUCCACUUUAGAAGAUAAAGGUAAACGUUCCAUCCCCCAGCGUCAAAGCUUAGCCAAAUCUCGAGCAGUAGUUCGUAAAUCAAGUGAAGAACAUGAGCUCCGAAGUAAUUCCACUGUAAUUGAUUCAGGAUUCAGUGAUCACCGGGGAAUGACCUCCGAAGAGCUCAGAACGCGACCUUCUCCACAAGGAAAACCUUCUGUCAGUGUUAAACGACGCGUCGUUACGAGACGUCCCGGCUCUGGGCAAAGCCAGCAAAGAAAGUCCAUCUUCAGUUCAUCUCCGAAACAAUAUCGAAAUCCAAACUCGAAAAAUAGUAGAUUUGAUACUCUCAUUGUGCACCAGAUGAGCAUUGAGAAUGGAGUGUUAGAGGAUGAAAUGUAUUCCACAUCAACGAGAGGUUCUGUCACUAGUGAAGAUACCCAAGAACAAUUUAGUCCCAGGCGAAAGAAGACCAAUUACUCGAGGCCAAGAUCAAGGCUGACUUUUAGCCGAAAUGAUAACGUUCGCGAUCCUGCCAUUAGCCCACGACUUAAAAAAGGAGUUGAUGUCGAGACUCCUAUUUCAGUUACUCAAGCGAUGCAAGCCAGUAUGAGAAAGUACAAUUUGGAACGAAUGAUAUUCCACGAGCUUCUAGAACUUAAGAGGGUUCAAAUGCGAGCUGGGAAAGCAAACGAACAACUACUGGUGAAACGUCUAGCCGAAAACUAUAAACGAGCUGGGUUUAGUGUCAACUUUCGAGAUUUCGAAGGACCCUUUACGUUCAGAAAUUUCGAAAAAUAUCUUUAUGAUCAAUUGAGAUUGUUGCAAAAUAACCGGAAAGUCCUUCCACGUUUUGCACCAUCGGACGAUGUUGCAAGAUUGAGUACUGCGCUAAAGAAAAUGAAUUCGGCCAAGUUGCCGUAUUUGGACGAUGCGGAAAGAUCAGAGAGCGUGUGCGACAACAUCCAAUGUUCGCACACGACUCACCGCUGUCAUCAUGCCGCCCAUGCUUACACUGGCGUACCCUGUGUGGCUUAUAUUGGAAAUAGAAAACCUACAUUUUUACCCCGAGUCAAUCCUCUAAAGGCACCCGGCCCCACACAAAAAGACAAAAAUGCUACAAUGGGAGGGAGUCGAUUAGGCGCAGACGCCAUGAACUUGAACUCGCCUGUGCAAAUCUCCAUCUCUCCAAGAACGGACACGCAAUCUCCGAUUACUCUCGAGGUGCAACAAGGGUCAAAUACUCAAGUGUUUACUUUGCCCACAAAAACUCUCGACCCGUCCAAAAAUUAUUAUGUCAGUUUGUCAAUAAAACCGAAUCCCAUCUCGACAUCUCCCACCCCUCCCUCCUCAGAAAACUUCUUUCAUCGUCCAACUCCAGACGUGGUGGACGACGGUUCAAUCUCUGCUCCCCCUCCGCCCGUCUUCGAGGUACAGCCAGAUGUAGAAAGAGAGAAACAUAAUCGGAGUAUGUGAAUAAUUAUGGGAUGCAAUCUUUUUAUUUUUGGAAUACUUGCCUCAUCAAAAUCAUGUCUAUAUUAAAUUUUAUUCUAGAAAUAAAAAUUAAGUACCUUCCAUAUUA